UCGGUAGAAAAGAAUAAUGACAACAGAAACCAAAAAACUGUUUUUUAUUGUUGUUAUUCUCCAAGUGUUGUUUCUGUGCAUGUGGUUGUUUUCCAUGGGUUGCUAUUCAAAUGGCUCAAUUUCAAAAAUGAUGGAAAUGAUGGAAUCGAAAAGAAGUAGACUAAAACUUGGACAAGGCAUUCUUGAUGCUGCUGCUGAUCUAGGCUAUUUUGUUCCAGAAAAGGAGAACGCCGAGAAAAGUAAACCGCUUUGUCCACUUAUUCCUAAUGGUCUAGUUGGAAAUAGAAAGGUCAACAAAACACCACCAACUUUGGAAGAUAUGGAAAGGAAUUAUAGUCUGAUACAAAACGGCCAAUAUAAACCUAAGAAUUGUAAAUCUCGACAGAAUGUAGCCGUACUCAUUCCCUUCCGCGACAGGGAAAGUCAUCUAAGAAUUUUCCUUAACCAUAUGCAUCCAUUUCUCAUGAGGCAGCAACUACAAUAUGGAAUAUACGUUGUGGAACAGACAAAAGAACUUAAAUUCAACCGAGGUAUUUUGUUCAACAUUGGAUUUAAGGAAGCCUCCAAUGACUCUAACUACGACUGUUUUAUACUUCAUGACGUGGAUUUACUUCCAGAAAAUGAUUUUAACAUUUACUCCUGUCCUGCUGACCAUCCGAAACAUUUAUCGGUUGCAAUUGACAAACUCAAUUAUAAAUUACCAUACCCCACCAAUUUUGGUGGUGUGACAGCCGUUACUAAAGAACAAUUUGAAGCAAUCAACGGAUUUUCUAAUAUCUUUUAUGGCUGGGGCGGUGAGGAUGACGACUUGUACAACAGAGUAAAAUGGGCGAAAAUGUCGGCGAACCAAGCAAUAAACAGAACUGGCAGAUAUUCUUCUCUCCGUCACAAAGACGCAGUUAAAAAUCCAAACAGGAGUAGAAUUUUAAAAAGCGGAAAAAGCCGCAUGUGGAAGGACGGACUCAAUUCCCUAAAGUAUAAAGUAAUUCAAAAGAUGUACAAAAAACUGUACGUCCAUAUUACUGUAAAGCCAUGUGAAAACAACUCUGUGUGCCAACAAGGCAGUUAAACAUAAAUAUACUUAUAUUUGUUGGGAGUUGAUUUUUUUAAGCAAACUAAUUUAUCAUACCUGUAAAUUGUCAGAUUUUAAGUGGUACAAGAAAUUAAGAUUUUUUUUUAGAGUGGUAUGUACUCUUACGCCAGAGUUCAAUAUUGCUGGGAUACAAUUCUUCAGAAAUAUUUCGAUCAUUGCUGCAUAAUGCAUCGUAGGGUUAUAUGACAUUAUUUCUAUCUUUAAAUAUUGUACAACAUGAUUCAUAGGGGUUUGUACGUUUAUAAUUCGGAAUUCUUGUCAGAUAAAAGCCCAAUAAUUCAUGUUAGAAAACAUGGAAAUACUUAUUCAAAUAGAGCUAAGAAACAACUUGCCGUGCAAAAUUACAAAUCGUUGGUUUUAAAUUAAAUAAUAAUCAAUAAAAUCUUCUCCUGUCAGUACAUCAGUACUUUGAUUAAUGCAUGUGCACUUAAAAAAACGGGUGUAUUGGUAAGGGGAACAAAAUAUCACUGACGUUGCACAAGAAGACAAGCAAGAGAAAACAGCAAAUCACUGAUAUUUUAUACAUGUAUGUACAUGAAGUUGUAGAAUAAUUAUUAAACAUGUACACACAUGUACAUGUAUAUGAAAAACUUUGGGUUAAUAGGAACAAAUAUUAACCUGAAUUUUCUAAAUAAGAAGAACAAAUCUGCGGUUAUGAAAGACAACAUGGUAUUAUUAGGUGAGUAAAUUAUUCUAUGCAUUUGUAAAUUAAAAAAAAUAAUUAACAAACUGAGACAUAAUAUAAAAAAAAUAUAUAUUGAGGAUUUAUAGUAUAAUUUUUUAAUUGCAAUGUUAGUGUACGACAGAGAGAAAAUUUAUCUCCAAUCUUGUUUUCAUUAUGCUUAUUUUAUAUGCAUGUAUGUAUCAAUUAUUUAGUGGAUUUUCUGUUAGAUACUAGUAGUUAAUGGAUAGUGUUAGAUAUCUGUUAUUUUUAUAGUGGUAUUGUUCAAGACGAGUGGAUAAUUGGAAUUGUUUAGCCUAUUUAAAAAACGAAACAAAAGUGGUCCUACGAAACCAGAAAAUUAGCGUCCUAUAACUAUUUAAAGCUGCCUUGGUAAACUUUUUACAUCUAUUUUAGGCACACACUGGAUGCAUAUGCAAAUGAGAUCAAUAUAAUAUGUGAAAGCCAAACAGGUUUCCGAAAAAGCUAUCCUAUCCUAGAUCAUGUAUUAAUUUUACAGUUUUUAUCAGAACCCUUAUGAAACAGAAAAAAAAAUAUUUUGUGCUUUCAUUGAUUUUAAGCAAGCAUUUGACACUAUUUGGAGAAUUGGGUUAUAAUACAAAAUGUCAGAAAAAAUGUUAUUACUGGAAAAUAUUUUGUUUAUAUCAAGAUAUGUAUCAGGGUAUUAAAUUUCUUAUUACUAUGGAUGGUAUCACAUCUGAUUUGAUAAGCUGAAAAAGUUGUAAUGUUAGAGUUCGCAAAGGCAAAAAUCUAUUACCAUUUUUGUUUUCGUUAUACAGUGUAUAUCAGUGAUUUGGGGAGUUUUUAAUAAAAGCAUUGUAGGCCUGAAAGAAUAUAUGUGAUGCUAUAAAAAAUGAAUUUUUUCUGUAUAUGAAGCUUUUUUAUCCUUUUUUAUGCUGAUGAUACUGUAAUUAUAGUUAGACUGCCGUAGACCUCCAAAAUGAACAGAAUAAAUUUUAUCUAUAUUGUUGUUAAUGGAAGUUACACGCCAGUACUGAAAAAACAAUAACUUUUAUUUUUUUCAAAGGGCACUCUUUCAAAAAAAGUGUUCAUUACAAUAAGUUUGCUAUAAAAAAGUCAAAGAUUUUAUUAUAAUUCAUGAAAUUUUUCGACAAGCAGAGCAUAUAAGGAAAUGAUUGUAUUUGUUUAAUUGAAUUCCACCAUCUUGUAUUUGCAUCAAGGUCAGGUCAAUACCUUUUUUAAAUUUAGCUUAAAAGAUGAUAAAACUAAUGGUAUUUUUUUUGUAAUCAUCUUCUGUUAUGUGGACAUCUGUUUAAGAUAUGAAGUUUCUCUCAUUGAAUAAAAUGAUAGACUAUCA